AUGUCGACAUUCGGCACAAGAACACCUUUCUUAACCCCAGCAUUAGACACAAUGGGUCGAGCGAGCCCAUCUCUUUUAUCCAAAGGCACACAAUCGCAAGUCAUGCUGAGCUCAACGAGCCUUCCCACAUCGUUCAAAGCACAAUGUAUCGCGUUAUGGAAGAUUUUAGUCGAGCUUUCAGUUGACAAUCGUUUGAAAUUUUCAACAAAGGGCACGAGCUGGGAAGGCAAGCACCAAGAACAGGAGCCAUCGCCAAAGAAGGCCACCAGCAAACGAGACUCUUGGCUAUGUUUGACGGCAAUUUCCGAGGCAUCGCUUGGAGAGUAUAUCUGGCCAGGCCACCAUGGAUGGCUCUUGAUUUUACCCCACACGAAAUCGCCCACACGAAAACCAGGGGUGGUAUCAAUAGCAGACUCUACCACAGUUUCAGUCUCAACAACUUUCUUGGUUAAAGCAACACCAUUAGCAGAAAACCUUACUCCAUUCUCAUCCACUUCAAGACUUGCCAUUUUUUCUACAGAAAACAAAAAUGAAUCCUGA